AUGCUCACUCUUGCUGAUGAACCUGCACAGGUGAAGAAGCUUUUACUGGAUUUCACAGGAAUCAAGCAUUUUGUGUUUUUUGAGGAAGCAAUGCAGCAGGGACAUCCAGCUCUUGGAGGGAAGCCCUGCGAGCUGCUGAUAGCCCGAGCUCUGCCGCUGCCACGCAGCCCUGCUCAGCGUUAUCCUGCUGCUGUCAGCAUCUCUGAGCAGUAUCGUGCAAACCCAGCCAAGGCUGGGGGCCUUGCUGCUGGCUACAGGCUCUCGAUGUGCAGCAAGCUCUGCUAUGCCAUAGGAGGGGCCCCAAACCAAGUGGCAGGGAGUGCUGCUUCUUUCUUCCUGCAGAUCUACCUGCUAGACAUAGCCCAUAUUACACCAUUUCAUGCCUCUUUGGUGCUGUUCAUUGGCAAAGCCUCAGGUGCAGUUACUGAUCCUGUUGCUGGCUUUUUUAUUAGCAAAAGUAGAUGGACAAAAAUUGGUCGGCUCAUGCCCUGGGUGCUGGCAUGUACACCCUUCACAAUAAUUUCCUAUUUUUUAAUGUGGUACCUGCCUCCAUUUGUCUCAGGAAGAGUUGCUUGGUAUCUGACUUUCCACUGCCUUUUCCAAGCACUGACCACAUUAUUCCAAGUACCAUACUCUGCCCUCACCAUGUUUCUCAGCACAGACCAGAAGGACAGAGAUUCUGCAACAGCAUAUAGAAUGACCAUGGAAGUGCUUGGGACCUUGAUUGGAGCUGCACUUCAGGGGCAGAUUGUGGCCAGUGCUCAUGUCUCUCCCCACUGCACUGUGAAUCCCUCAGUAAACACCACUGACUCCUGGCAUGACGUUCCCAGCAUUCCAGACCCCUCAGAUCCCCUGUCUCAUCAAGCAAAAGUUUACAUGAUUGCAGCAGGGGUCAUAGCAGGUGUGUACCUCCUUGGAAUUGUCGUUCUUUUUCUUGGAGUAAAGGAAAGGGAUGAUCCUUAUGCCUUAAAUUCAGACAGAGCAAUUCCUUUUUGUAAGGGGCUUGCACUCACCAUGAAGCAUGGUCCAUAUGUGAAGCUUACAGCUUCAUUCCUUCUCAUCUCGACAGCAGUUCAGCUGGAGCAGGGGAACUUUGUCCUGUUCUGCACUCACGCUGCCGGCCUCCGCAAUCACUUCCAGUAUUUGGUGGUGACCAUCUUGGUAUCAGCAGUCGUGAGUGUUCCUUUCUGGCAGAAGUUUCUGCAGAGAUUUGGCAAGAAGUGUGCAGCAUGUGGGAUUUCGUGGAUGAUUCCUUUUGCAGUCAUGCUAGUCACCAUUCCAAACCUGAUCCUGGCUUACUUCGUGGCCUUCGUCUCUGGUCUGAGCAUUGCAGCAUCUCUUCUAUUGCCAUGGUCGAUGCUGCCUGAUGUUGUUGAUAACUUCCGCCUGCAGAAUCCCCAUGGGAAAGGACAUGAAACCAUUUUCUAUUCUUCUUAUGUUUUUUUCACCAAGAUGUCAGCAGGAAUUGGCUUAGGAAUUUCUGCAGCAGGACUGGAGUUUACUGGGUACAAGCCAGGGAUAUGCAGACAGUCAGAUGAUGUGAUCCUCACAUUGAAACUCCUCAUUGGAGCAGUCCCUGCCAUCCUCAUCCUUUUAGGCUUGUUUAUACUCCUUUUCUACCCCAUCACUGAAGAAAGUCGGAAAGAAACAAAGCUUGCCCUUGAAGAGUUAAGGAGGAGCCACCAAAGCACAGAGAACUUGGACAGCCAUGAAAAGGACACCUCUGUCUGAAAGCUCUGAAUGCAGAGGCUUUCCAAACACAGACUCACAUCCCACCAGCAGUUCUGUGAGAGUUUUCUAGGUCAUUUCUCUGCUCAGAUUUUAUCAAAAGGGACAAAGGAUGAUUCUCACAUAGCCAGUAAUGAAAUCAAGAGAAGACACCAAAUAUACACCUAACCCCAUGCACUGUGCUAGAAAAGACAUUACACAUGUUCAGAAAUGCAACCUAUUGAAGGCUUGGGGAGUUUGUUUGGUUUUUUUUCAAUGAUUAAUGGGAAGCUGGGAUCUUGUUCAUGGGAGAAUUUAUGCAUUUGUAACUUAAGAGGAAGAAAAAAGAGUAAAUAUGACCAGAAAAUCUUUCAGAACGUUCUGAAUUGGAAAAUACUCACAAGGGUCAUUGAGUCCAAUUCAUGAUGAACCAUCCAAAUAUCAACUCACAAUAUACUUCACCCUUGGGGGCUGGGGUGGAUUUUGAGCACAAUCUCCACCUAUAACUUGCACACUAUUGUGUUUGGAAAGCACUUGGGAACCUGAAGUAUACUAUAUAUAUAGUGUGUAUAUAUAGUAUAUAUAGAAGUAUAGAUAUAUACUAUAUAUAUAUAGAUUCAUAUAUAUAUAUGAAGUUAGGAUUUAUUUUGUUUUGAAAUCAAGCCAAUCACUCAUGCAGACAUAUUUUGAGGAUUUUUUUAAAAUUUUCUUGAAAGAGAUUUUGAGAUAAUCUAAGUUUAUAUAUUCUAUAAGAAAUAGAACCCUGCAUUUCCUGUUACUGAUGUUUCUUGCUUGUGAAACCUGAAAACUGAUCUCUGUCAGAGAAUGAGAACUUUGUGUUUUCAAAAUCCACAUCUCCCCUGAGGAUAUGAAAAAUCAGCAGUCCCUUUCCAAAAAUUAUGCAAUUUAAUUUUCUUUAAAUUUUGGCCUUUAACUAACAGCCAUACCCAUUUCUCACAUGGUGUAGGCUCUCUGCCUCACAAAAAACCAUGGCAUGGGUAUUAAUCUCAGCUUGCACCUAUUUUGUAAUAAUGAGGCUACACCAGUCUUUUAAAUGGUGAUUUUUUUCAAUCAGGGAUGUUAUCAUGCUUUAGAUACAUCAACUCAUUUCUACUGUAGAUUUAUACUGUUGAGCACACUUUUUAAAUGAAAGACACACCUAAUCUCAGGCACCUUCUGCAGCACUGAAGUUCAGACCUGUUCAUUCUUGGCUUCUGUGGUGGCUCUGGAGACUGGCUCCAAGCCUAAGCUAAAAUGAUGGGACUCUGAAGACAUAUCUAAAUCUGGAAGGGAGAGUGAGGAAUUCAAGAGGUUUUUUCACCUUGAAGAAAUUAGCAAUGCAAGACAAGACAUGAAUUUCAUCCCACUGCCUUCCCUGUGUGACUCUGUGAGUGCCUUUUUGCCGCACCAAAAGUGCCUUUGGAGGACAGGCUUGCUGCUGUUCGGGAGCACCUGGAGGAAGGGGCCACCUGAAAUUUGCUCAGGGCCAUUUGGGAAGUGGCUCACAGUGCUGGGCUGGAAAAUUGGGAAAGAUUUUGCUGAAGGACACUGGGAUGUAAAAUCAGUGCAACCAUGGAAAGUCUCAUUAAGUUUGAUACUGAAACCUUAUCAGGCAAGUUUGGAGUCAAAGGCCUUAUGAACUGUCCUCAAAAUGUUUAAUUAUGAGGGAGCUUCUAAGGGUAUAUUUUGAGAGUGUGUGGGUAAGAGCUAACUUUUUUUAAGAUUUCUGUUGACUUGCCAUCUAAGGCUGGGGUUUUUUGUUUUCUUCCUUGUUUCAGUUUUUGGACAAACCAAGAUAUGUAUGCCUGGGGCAUAUGUGUUUACAACAAUAAAAACCAUAAGCCUGUUUACAAUUUUGAGUCUGAUGGAAUUUGAAAUAGCAGAUUUACUGCACUUUGAAGUAGGUAAGUUAUGUAGCAAUAUCACAUAGCUCCAAAACAUCACAGAGAGCCAUUUGGGGCAUUCUAUUUAUUCUGUAAUAUUUGUGUAUUUCUGAAUAGCCACGUUUAAAAAUAACCAGAAGGCCCAGUAAAGGCUGUUAAUGUUUUUUAAUGGGUUAUGUUUUCAGCUACUAUAAAUCUGUCGCUACAAGGCAGUGGGUCCGUGUCAGUUUGUAUUAACUGAACACUCAGCCUAGUGAUAAAAGGGCUGCAGAAAAUGCUGGCUGGGGUUGAGUGGAGCCAUUUGAAUGUGGCUUACAAUACUAUUUCUAGAUCAGUUGUGCAAUUGCCUCUAAAAUUGCAUAACACCCAGUCUGAAAUCAGACUCUUGGAAGGUAAACUUGGUUGAUUGUAAACUGUUUUCUUCUUCUCCAGAGAGACAAUGUGAUCUUUAUCUCACUGAAGUAUACUCAGUCCUCACUUUGCAUAUGGUACCAGCAAAGGGAACUGCCAAAAGAAAAGAUAAAGUUUCUUUAGAUUAAGCGAAGCAGACUAUUCUUAUGUUUCAAAAAUCUCAUUAUUUUAUUUCAUUAUCAGAAAUAUAAUGUUGAUGUAAUUUUGUUGAGAAAAUGGGUUUAUUUUUGCAAGGCAGAAGAAUGGAGGAUUAAGUGCAGGAUAAGCUUAUUUUUGUAACUUU